GCGACCUCGACCGCAGCUAAUAACGAUAUCUAAACAGAUAUACAUGAGGCAUAUGCAAUUAAUAUGAAAUCGAACGGUGAAAAAACUGGCUGUCCUAUUCUAUAGCUAGAGGAUACGAGUAGAAACCAGGUAGUAAAGUAUGAACAAGUGAUUUUUAGUUUAGUAAUAGUUCCAACAAGAAGGCUAUUAUAGUAAUUUGGUUCUUCUUCUCGCUAGUCCAUAAAAUGAGCUCCAACUCUUUGGAAACUUGAAAGACUUUUCUCCUUCUUAACGCUGUAAUUGGAGACUUCAGCUCUUGUUUUUUGUUUUUUGGCUAAAAGGAAAGCACAGAAAAGAAAAACCAAAUGGCCGCCAAAAGCAAGAUUCUGAUAAUCGGAGGAACGGGUUACAUCGGAAAGUUCAUUGUCGAAGCGAGUACGAAAGAAGGUCAUCCCACUUUUGCUUUGGUGAGAGAGAGCAGCCUAAGUGACCCGGUUAAGGGAAAACUCAUCGACAACUUCAAGAACUUGGGCGUCACUCUGCUAUACGGCGAUCUCUAUGACCAUGAGAGUUUGGUGAAGGCGAUUAAGCAAGUUGAUGUGGUGAUAUCAACAGUGGGUCAUUUGCAGCUUGCAGAUCAGGUCAAGAUCAUUGCUGCCAUUAAAGAAGCCGGUAACGUUAAGAGAUUUUUCCCUUCGGAAUUUGGAAACGAUGUGGACCGUGUACAUGCGGUCGAGCCAGCAAAAUCAGCAUUUGCGAUCAAGGCCCAAAUCCGGCGUGCGGUAGAGGCUGAAGGAAUUCCUCACACGUUUGUGUCGUGCAACUGCUUCGCUGGCUAUUUUCUACCCACUCUGGUUCAGCCAGGUGUCAGUGCUCCUCCCAGAGACAAAGUCAUUAUCCUAGGCGAUGGGAAUCCCAAGGCAAUUUUCAACAACGAAGAUGACAUUGGAACAUACACAAUAAAAGCCGCGGACGACCCAAGAACAUUGAACAAGGUCCUCUAUAUUAGGCCUCCUAAAAAUACCUACUCAUUCAAUGAGCUUGUUGCCCUUUGGGAGAAGAAAAUUGGGAAAACCCUUGAAAAAACCUAUGUUUCAGAGGAACAGCUUCUCAAGGAUAUCCAAGAGGCUCCUGUUCCAAUUAAUGUGGUAUUAGCAAUCAACCACUCGGUGUUUGUGAAAGGAGAUCACACAAACUUUGAGAUUGAGCCGUCUUUUGGUGUGGAGGCUUCAGAACUGUACCCGGAUGUCAAAUAUACCACAGUUGAAGAAUAUCUUGACCAAUUUGUUUGAGCUCCAUUUUUCAUCAACAUCACCAUCUUGCUUUUUUCAAUAUCUAAAUAAGUGAUUUAAUUAAGUUUGGUACUGUAACUGGAUCAGAGGAGUGUUGAUUUCUACUCUUUACUUUUAAAACCAAAUCUUCAAAUCUGUUGUUUGUGACUAAAUAUAUCAUAUCAUAUAUGAAUGCCCAUUUCCUAAUUUA